AUGUCUGAAUUUGAUUCAAUCACCAUCCAAAUCGAUAACGGUGACGUUCUUUAUUAUCAAGAAGUAAAAAAACAUAUUGAUUCUUUAAGUGAAAAAUUUCGAGAAAAAAGUGUUAUAAAACAAGGCGUUUAUGAUAAUGUUAUUAAAUAUUUAUUUAUAUCCAAGGGACAAGCAUCAGGAUCUGAAGCACAUGCUACCGUUUCUCAUGGGGGUCGUGAUAAAACAAUCCAUGAACUUAAUUCUCAUUAUUCGUGGAUUCCACGAUUUUCUGUUGAAAUAUUUAUAAAACAAUAUGUUCCGUGUCAAACACGAAAACUACUCAAACAACAUGUAAUUACCAAACUUAUUAUUUCACUUGAAGUAAUGACAAGAUUACAAAUUGAUUUGAUCGAUAUGAGAACAAAAUCUGAUGCAUUAAAUCCAGACAUUAUUUAUAAUUGGACCUUAAAUUGCAUCGAUCAUUUCAGUAAAUUUACUUGGGCGUAUCCAUUAAAAAACAAAAAUGCUAGUGAUGUUGCAUUAAAAUUACGCGAAUUAUUUUUCGUCUUUGGACCACCAAAAAUAUUGCAUAGUGACAGUGGACGGGAAUUCGUCGCAAAUGGUUCAUUACCGGUAGUUUAUGGUAUUAAUACAAGAUUAUCAGGUGUCACUAAAACUACUCCAUACCAAGUUAUGUUUGGGCAACCACCUCGUUCCGAUUCAAAUUUUUGGAAACUAGUGAAAGAAAAUGAAGUUAUUGAUGAAGAAAGUUUACCAACACCAGUUAAUGAUUUUAAUGAUGAUAUUACAGAGGAUAAAAGAGAUGAUUUUCAUGAUUAUGCUGAUAUUAUUGAUAAAGAUGUUAUUCAACUUGUUCAACAAUUAUCUGAUGACGCUGCUGCAAGUGCAAUUAGUUGA